AUGAAGCGAGCACCUCUCUUCGUCCUCCUCCUCGGUGCGGCGUUCUUCACUGCCGCUGCCGCGGCUGCAUCAAUUCCGUCAUUCAUCCUACACGACGGCGACGUUUCAGCCGCCCAGUCUGGCGCUCAGGCCAAGCCCUCGGUGUUUAAGGGGAAGAUAAUCAAAAAAUACGUGGCAAAACUCCGUCCCCCUAGGAUAAAUGGGAAACGAACAGGGGACAAAGGUGCCUCGGGGAAAUAUGUCAAACUGGCCGUGAGGUUCUCAGCGUCGUCAAAUAAUGUCAGAACAUAUAUCACCAUCUCGAACCUAAAAAAUGGAGGAACAGAUCCUGGAUUCAACACGGGGGCCUUCCUGUGCUCCUACUGA